CGGAUGCCGCCCAUGCCGCCGAGCCGCUACCGGUAAUGAUCCCGGUAACCGUCCAAGCGGCAGCCUCCUUGCCGGCAGGCACGGCGGCUACGGAGCAGCGCAGCCCGAGGGCUUCACCUGCGGCCACGCCGCCGCCUGACCCCUCUUGCAUGUCGCAGCACGCAGCCGCAUGCUGCGGCGCCCCGCCAGACCCCCACUUGGAACCCCCACACAUGCAGCACCCAGCUGCCCAGAGCGACCUCCGCACCUCUCCUAACACCCACGCAACCGCAGCUGCUGCGGCCGCGCCCAGCACGACCGUCCUCGAUACCGCCGCAAAAGGCCCACCUGGCGCCCGCGCGGGCCUCCUCAGCCCUAGCCCGCGCGCUGUCCCGCCGGGCUCCCAUGCCGACGCAGACAGCCAGGAAGAGCAGCCUGCUGGGCCGCUCAACCUCUCCUUGGUGCUGGAACAGGUACCUGCGCCUUCGUGGCCUGGGCCUCCGCCCUCCAGAAGUGAGGGGCCCUGCCCAGGCGAGUCGGCCAUGUCGGGCGCCGGGAUGCCUCCACAGCAGGGUGCCCCCAUUAGGGGUAACACGGCCAGGACUGCGUUGAUAGACUGCCUGGCGACUGCUCGACAGGGGGCGGUGGUUGGUGCCGCGACUGGGGACGAAACGCUGGUGGUUCGGCGGUUGCCCAUGGCAAGGCGUCCGCCGGCGCUAGGAGCCCCGCAGGCGCCAGUGGUGGCCCCCUUUUCCCAGAUGAUGGGUGGGCUGCACGUAGCGCGCCUCAUGAUAGCGCUGCCGGAUGCCGCCGCUCCCGCCCCACGGAUGGCCGGCGCGGCGGCAACACGUGCGGUGCAGGGCAAGCUGCGACCCCUCCCCACCAGUGCAGCCCUACCUGCAGCAGCAGCAGGCCAGCAGCAGCCUAACGACGUCCCGCAUGCCGGCCUUGCACGUGUGGGCCCACUGUGCAGCAAGAUGACGUCAACAGAUGCUGUUGCGUACGGCAGUCACGGCAGUGGCGUACGGCUGCCGUACGGCUUGGUUCGGGUGAUGCAGAGGGCGCGCCGUAACGUCCUGGACCGCUUCGCAAGGCCCAGUCGGAUCAUGGGCAACAAGGUGUCUGUCAGCCCGCCCUUGACAGGGGGCCUACAUGCUGGGGCGUGCGGCAACGUUAGCAGCAGCGUUCUCGCUACAGGCAGUGCGCUGCAGAAUCCAUCUGGCGUCCCGGAUAACGGAGCGGCGGGUCAAAAUGACAUGUCGGCACUCCCCGCCACUGCCGCACACAGUUCAGGGCCCGAGGAGAUGGGCUCUGGCCACGAAUGCAAGACGGAAACGACGCAAACGGAUGAGAAGGCAUCCCAAAUGGAAGAGGCGCAUGCUUCAAGGCAUACGCGCAGCGACACAGCAUCGAUCGUCGCGACUGACUACACCCUCGCUUGGAGCGGUAUCUCGAUGGUAUUCCUUCACGAUAUAUUCGCCUGAACGCAGUGCAAACAAAUGAAAUGAUUGAUAACGGAGCAUGGAACGUUCAUGCCAUUUGUAAGGAUAAGCCCCCACCAGCGCCUGGGCACCGAAACCAUUGUGAGGGCGCCGUAUUUACCGUGGGUGCGCGCCGCCUCUUCUCGGGCUUCAAGCCCUUAGGACCAUAACACCUCUCGCAUACGGAAGGCGAUCUUCGCGUGUUGCGUCGCUGACCAAGUGCUUUGAGUACGGGGCGCCCCGUUUGGGGCAGCCGCUCGCCGUUUUCCUGUAGAAGCAAGCAUGGCGUCGGCAUUGGCAAGCCAGCUCCAAGCGCUGGCCCAGCAGCGCCAGCCCGCUCUGCCAUCGGCCCUUAAGAAGGGGAAGCCUUCCCUUCUAUUCGAUUUCCAGAAGGCUGCUGAUGUCGAUUUGCAAACGAUUCACGGUAUCGCCUGCCAAGGGCUUGAGGAUCUUGUUCGGCUGGAGCCUCGCUUCCGGAUUUACCGCGAGACCCUUUUCAGCCGAGCGAGUCUCGAAAUAAACCCCGAGCUACAGACGAAUGAGUUCCUCGCGCAGCAGGAUGAGUCCAUCACGGCCUUCUGCUUCUUGCUUACGAACCACUUUUUGGCGCCGGCUGCUUUCAAGGCUCUGGAGUACCUGAUUCGGCGUUACAAGGCCAACGUCCGCAACGUCGACGCGCUGAUGACUGCAGCCCUUCCGUACCACGCCACCAACGAGUUCGUACGUCUCGUACAAGUCCUGGCUCUCGGCGCUCCCGGCAGCCUCUGGGGCUGGCUCUCCAAGAUGCAGACCUCUGGCGCCGCUCUUCCACGCCACCUCCUCACCCAGCGCUGCGCCAACGACCGCCAGCUGCUUCUAUUUAUCUGCAAGGCAGCGGGCUACUUCGGCGGUGCUGCCUCCUCGUCGCGGCCAAGCAGCCGGACAUUCCUCUCCUUUUACGCCGUACUUCUGUGUGAAGUCCUGGCGGCCAUGCCUUCCGUGGGCGAGGAGAUCCUAGCGGCGCUGCUUCCGCAUCUGCUGGAGGGCCUGGGUCGAGGCGCGGCGCAGGACUACCGCGCGGCAACGUUGAUGGUAAUUGCGGAGCUGUGCAGCCGAGCUACCCUGGGCCGCGACUUUGUGAAGGUGCUUCUCAACACCAUGCUCAAGCACACCGAGCCGGUUCCGGAGCACAUCCGCACGGCAAUCCUGGUCAUGGCCCACGUGGCUGUUACGCAGCCGCACAUCCGGAUGCUCUCCGACAAGACCCUCAAGUACCUGUCGGCUCUUCCGAACUCCGUUUCGGAGCUUGCAUCGCUUGCGCAGCGUGGCAACAUCCGCCUGGGACCGCUGCUGCUGCUGCUCGUCCGCUCCCUUGCUGGCGUCCUUGCUUCCGGCGGCAGUGCGGUGCGCCGGUGCGAGGCCGACAUGCUUGCGCUGGCGCACGCCGGGGUGCUUCGCGGUGACCCCGCACGGGCCCUGGCGGCCGCCUUGCUUGAGGCUGGCAGCUCGGCCAAGGUUGAGGAGGAGGCGCGGGCUAGCUGCCAGAAGGUGCUAAGGCUCCUGGACCAGCGCUAUCCCGAGACCACGGACGCCGCCGUCAACGCCUUCCUCGAGCCUCUUCGUGAGCAACGCCGCAAGGCCGUCGCUGCCGCCGCCGCCGCUGCCUCUGGCUCUGCUGCUGACGACAAGACCAAGCGCAAGCGACGCAAGACGGCAGACGGCGCCGCCUCGGGCUCUGACGACGAAGACGACGGCGCCGAUGCCACGGAGUCUGCUGAACAAGCCGCUGCUGGCUUGUCUCCCGAGGACCGCGCCCGUUUCGAGUACGUCUGCUCUACCUUCUCCUCCGGCGGCUACUCGGCACCUUGCGGCGGUACGAUGCUGACGUUGGCGGCGGCGCUCGUGGCGCCGCAAGCCGCCGUACGGCGAAUGGCGCUGCAGCAGCUUGACGCUGACUUGGUUUCCGCUCAGCUGGGCUCGUCCUCGGCAGCUCCUGCCGCCGAGACGGCGACGGAGGCACGGUCCGCGUUGACAGCGGCGGCCUUGACUCGUCUUCGUGAUGAUGACUUGGGCGUGGUUGUGGCGGCCUUGGGCCUCGCAUGUCUGCGGCAGUUGCCUCCAACCGCCUUGCUCGAUGCGCUACAGCCGCUGUGCUACCGUCUUGGAGAGUACCUGUACGGCAACGCCAAGCUGCCUCAGCUCAAAGCGGCUCGCAAGGCGGCAAGGAAGGUGGUUUCGCUGCUUCGCCAUGUGGGCUCCGAGUCGGAGGAGCUGCGGGUUUCCGUCGCUGUGCAGCUGGCGGCGUUCCUGUUGCCCAGCCCUCGUGACCCACGGGUCGCUUUGGAGGCGGCGCGCGCCGUUUCGUCGCUUGGUCUGCCUCUCUUCGCCGGACUCGCCGGUGCUGUACCACAGCUUGAAGCUCAGCUGAAGAGCGCUGACAAGGGCAAGAAGGCUGCAGCUGCGGGCGCCGUCACACUUGACCGGGGCAUCUUGUCGGCUUUGGCAAGCACCAUUGCUGACGUUCCUUCAGCCGGUGCUGAGGAGGUCACGCGCUUGGUGCAGGCGAGCAACGCAGCUGCCGGCGUCACCCAGGAAGCCGCUGCAGUCGCCGCAUCCCGACGUGUGCACCACCUAGCAGUCCUCGCCUCCCACGCAGCCGUCUACGCCGCAGUAGCUUCCGCGCAUGCUGCUUCCGGCUCGCCAAAGCUGGACAAGUCAGUUGUGCUCUUGCGGUCCAUCGUACAGCUAUCGGAGCUGCUGCUAUCGUACGCCCGGUCUACCCCGGAUGUUGCGGACUGGCUGACAAGCUUCUCCGAGCUCAGCUCACCGGUCGACGGCCUCCCCUCUGCAUCGCACGCCACUGCCAUGCUGGCUGAUGCUGCGGGGUCGCAUGCAGCCGUCGUCCUCGGCGUCCUGCAUGCCAGCUUGGCCCGACUUCCAGAAGCUUCGGCUGUUGGCAGCUUGCAUGACAGCUUGGCGCGCCUGCCGCUCACAACGGAUGCCCAAGCCAUUCCUGCUUCCGCAACUCGUCUUCUGGGUCUGCUGGCGGCUCUUGGCUACCCGCUGCAACGCCUGCAUGACUUGCCCGUCUUGGUCACAACGCGCGCCAUUCAGGCUUCCAACCGCGCCGCCUUCCUUGCCGGUAUCUACGCAGCACCUUCUUCUUCCUCCACGCCUCCUGCUCUGCAGUGCCUUGCGUUGCACGUCCAAGCGCGGCUAGCAUCUGCGGCCUCUGCACCCCGUGUUGGCGGCGCAGCUUCGCCAACGCGCCAUGCCUCCCCGCCGCGGUUCCCCUCGAUCGACGUGGGCGGCUGGUUGGUUACGCUUCUGGUGGCGCUCUCCUCUGCAAAUGCCUCUGUCCGGUCGGCCGCUUGCGACUGCCUGGCAGCUGUGGAGGCACUCUUGGAGUCCGGCAAGGCUGCGGCUGGGUCUCAUCUUUCGGCAAGGGCCGCGGGUCUGCUGUGCUCUGGUCUGCGGGCGCACCGCAAGCUGAUCUGCAGUGACGCUGAGGCCUUGGUCGUGUUGUUGCGGGGUGCUCUGCAUGCUGCUGCUAGCGGUGCGGCUGCUGGUGUGGUGGCCUCGCCCGGGCCAGCUGGACUCGCGUCGCCGUCCAAGUCGAGCAAGAAGAAGAGCGGGUCUGGGGACGCGGCAGCAGCGCGGCUUGAGCUCUCGCCAACCACCGGUGCAGAGGUGACCGCCUACCUGACUUCAACUCUGCAAACUCUCGGCGUGGAUGAAGUAGGCGUCAACACCGCUGCGACUGCGCUGGCCUGCCUCGCUGCCUCUUCCGACGACGCGGCGCCGGAUGUCAGCCAAGAUCUCCUCUCCGCUGCCUCCUCUUACCUCUCCCGCUGUGCCUCUGAGCUCCGGAACCACCCAGCUGCAGCUACGGGUCUUCACGCUCUCGUCGUACGUCAGCUGGUGCGGCUCUUCACUCCUGCUGCGGUGGCUACAGCCGUCAAUGGUGCUGGAUCCGAGGAUCACCUUGGGUCUUUGGCAGCUGCAGCGGAGCUCUUGCCACAGCCGUCGUCUUCAUCUUCAGCUGCCAGCGUCGCUGCGCUUGCGGCGGUGCGGCUGGCGGCAGUUGGAGCAAUUUCUCGCGAUCUUUUUGCGGCACUGCCUUCCUCUGGCCCCUCUGCUGCGCUGCUGUUUAGCGUUCUCCUUGCUCGUUCCGAGGGUGACCCAGAUGAGUCCGUGCGCGCAGCAGCCAGGGCCUCCCUGGAGGUGAUUCCCCUGUCUGCCGAGCUCAUUGCGCCGCUGGUGAACCCGCCUGUCGCCGCUGCCGGCGCCACCCAGCAACUCGAGCCGGCUGCUACCGGGCGUGCCAAGAAGAAGAGCAAGAAGGGCGAGAACGCUCCUGCUGCCGACGCCGCACCUGCUGCCGCCCCUGCGGCCUCUGCUCCUGCUCCUGACACCGCGUCCCUGAGGGACGCUGUGGCGGCUUUGGAGCUGCUGCAGUGGCGGACGGGCAUUUCCAAGCCGUACCUGCUCGUCACUGCGUGUCAGGCCCUGCUGCAGAGGCUGCAGCCCAUUGUGGGCAGCAUUGCCAGCACGCUUCGUGCUGAGGACGAGGUCGAUGCGGAUGUGGACGCUGUUGCUGUGGUCGACACCGAAGGCGAUGGCAGCGGCGCUAAGUCUUCGCUGGCUGGCUAUGCGGCUACCCUGGCUCUGCAGGCGCUUACGGCCCUGGCUGGGGAUGCUGACGUGGACAUGGCUGCCGACGGCGGCCAGCAGCAGUCGUUUGACUUGGAGCUCGCGGUGAAGACUGCGAGGGAGGCGCCGGAUGCUGCGGUUCGCAACGCUGCGUUGGGUCUGCUGGCGUCGUUGGCUGCUCGGAUGCCCGAGGCGGCGCUGUCGCAUGUGCUUCAGGUCUUGGCCGUCGUGCACCAGUCCGCAGCGCUGCAAGACGACGAGCACAGCCGUGCGGUGGGUGCCACCGCUCUGGCUGCCGUUGUACCCGCCUGGGUAGCUGCGGGGCAGCGCUCCGCAGCUCUGUGGGAGCAGGUGGUGGUGGCGCUGCCAUCCCUGCCUGCGCACCGUCGUCUGGACCUGCUGCUGGCUCUGAUGCGUGCGCUGCCCAAGGUUGAGGAAGGCCUGUCGGAGGGUCUAUUGGUGCUCCUUCAGAACGCCUGCGAGCCCAAGCCGCAGGUGACCUCUCCGGCUGCUGAGCCGAGCUCUGCCGGCAAGGCUUCCAAGUCCAAGUCCAAGAAGGCCGCCGCCUCUCCCUCGGAUGCCGUACCUACGGCUGCUGCAAGCGCUCCUGCCGGACCGCCGCCGUCGGAGUGGCUGCCGGAUCUUGCAUCACAGCUGGCCCUGCAGGCUGACUUGUCAACGCGACUGGCUUGCUGUGCUCGCUUGCUGGAGCUCUCCCUGAGUGCCAGCAGCCGGCAACCGCACACGGCUCUGCCUCGCAUCGCUGUGGCGUUUGUGACGGGACAGCUCAAGCUUAAGGUCGCCCUGUCCGCCGCAAGCGUCUCCCUCCGGCGUCCCGAGUCCGAUCCCGCCCUCGAGGCCGCCUGCCGCGGCCUCAUGGAAGCAGCCCUCGCCCACAUGCAGCUCCUGCAGCCCGACUCCACCUCUGAUGCCGACGCCGCAGCCGCCACGCCUUCCUCACGUCUCCGUCUUGCAGUCCUGGCUGCCAGUCGCGGCCUGUACGGCCUGUUUGCGGCGUUGCAAGGCGUCAUGGCUGCUGACGUGUACCUGCAGGCGCUGCUGACGUUGGCGGAGCACCCGGCCGACAAGGUGAAGCGCCGCGCCAUCAAGCUCUUCACGGACAAGGUUCGCGGCGUGAGAUCCGAGAUCCAAGAUCAGAUUGAGCUGCCGCAGCGUGUCCGUGACGCCAAGCUUCGGCAAGCCAGCGAAGCAGCCACCCGUGCAUGCGCCAUGCUUCCGCCGCUGCUGUCGGCGACGACGGGGACGGGCGCCGAGGAGGCGGCUGCGGCUUCCCCGCUGACGCGACAGUUGUCGUUGGUGGCCCUGGCGGCUAUUGCCUCGGAGUUUGGAGCGGAGCAGCAUACCACGCUGCUUGCUGCCGUGCCUGCAGUCCUGGCGGCAACCAAGGACUCACACGCAAGCAUCCGCGCCAGCUCUCUGGCUGCCGUUGCGGCCUUUGUGCGGGCGCUGGGGUCUCGGCUGGUGCCCGUGUUGCCGGUCACCGUGGCUGCGGCCGUUGCGGCUGCGGACUCUGCCUGGACACGUCUCUCCCGUGCCGGCACUGCUGCUGCUGCGGAGGCUGCGGCUGAUGCUGCUGAGCCGGCCAACGACGUCCGUGACAGCGAUGACGAUGAUGAUGAGGACGCUGCGGCUGCCGGCAAGGGUAGCCGCCGGCAAGGUGCCCCUCCCAGCGACCAGGACGACGCCGCUUUGGAGCUCUCGAGCGCUCUGGCCUGCCUCAACGCCCUGGUCGAGACCCUGGGCGGCUUCCUCAGCCCCCACCUGCCCUCCGUGCUCGCGAUCCUGCUCAACCCUCGCGUCCUCGCUUGCCGCGUCGCCGGGUGCGACCAGUUCGCCGCCAGCAUUCGCGCCCGCCUGCCUACCGCCGUACCCGCUCGUCUGCUGCUGCCAGCUCUGUACGACAGGCUGCAGCCGUGCAUUGACUUGGCCGCGGAUGCUGCCAGCCCGGAGACCGCCGCUGCGCCGGCGGUGGCGCUGCUGCUUAUGGUUGCGUCGUGUGCCUCGGCUCUCGAGGCCAAGUUGGCGGCUCAGUACUGCGACCAGAUGUUUGUCUUCCUGCUGCGUGCUCUGGAUGUACGGCAGCGUCGCCCGCAGGCGCUGGCGUCUCAUGGCGAAACUGCGAUUGAUGCUGUGGAGGGUGCUGCGAUUCGUGCGCUGGUCGCGCUGGUGAUGAAGCUGAGCGAGGCCCGUUUCAAGCCCAUGUUCCUGCGCAUGAUUGAGUGGGCUUCGACGGUUUCGGUGCCCGAGGGUUUCGGAGCGGGUGCGGAGCCGUCGUACUUUGGCC